AUGACUGCAGCUAUCGGGGCUGUCAGGGAUCCUCAAGCCUACUUGUCAGAGAAAGAACAGGACGCGUAUGUUCCUGAGAAUCACCAUGUUCCUGAUGGCACCACGCCCAAUCUCGAGACAUACAUGUACUACGCCAAGAUUCAACGCGAGUACCGUGCAGCUUCUGGGGCUCUUAGGACGGCCACGUGGUGGGAGCACAUUUUGGGUCCUUACUCUACCCCGUGGGCAUUCCAACAACCUGUUUCGUCGUCUUCCGGCAUUAUGGCUGCGUACGGUGGCUGCCUCCUAUGGUGGAUGUUCUUGAAGCUGGACUCGGAAAGGUAUCCCGUCAAGUCUUUCGGAGACUUAGGGCACCGCAUCUAUGGCCGUUGGUUCAAGUAUCUCUGUAACAUCUUGCAAAGUUUGCAGCUCGUGUUCAAUGUCGGGAUCAUUAUUCUUCAAAAUGGCCAAGGUUUUUCGCAGAUAACAAAGUUCAAGCUAUGUUUCAGCGUCUGUAACGUUGUCUGGACCCUGGCUGGAAUGAUACUUGGUCAAAUUCGGACUCUUCAGAAGUUUGGCAACAUCGCCAAUCUCGCUAUCUGGCUGAACAUCAUUAUAUUGAUUAUGACGAUGGCCUUUGUGGCUAACUCACCACCUAACUAUAUUGCGUCACCGUCUGGAACAGACACAGGCCCUGUGAUAACUCAAGCAAUCAACCUAGAGCCUUUCCAGGACCAGCUCAAUGGUAUCAUGCAGAUUGUGUUCUCAUACGGUGGAGCCAUGAUUUUUAUCGAGUUCAUGGCUGAAAUGCGGCGCCCGAUGGAUUUCUGGAAGGCUAUGGCGUAUUCCCAGAUCUUCAUCUUCGUCGUAUACAUGUUCUUCGGCCUCUUCGUCUACACAUACCAAGGCCAAUAUGUUAUUAACCCGGCCAUGCAGGGAAUUUCCACGUAUGGUCUGCAGACUGCGGCGAACACCCUUUAUUUGGUCUCUGGUCUCAUUGCUGCCGCAUUAUAUGGCAACAUUGGUAUCAAAGUCAUUUACAACAACGUUUUGGUGGAGAUGUUUGGUUUCCCCCAGUUGACUGUGACUUGGUGGUAUUGGUCCAUUGCCUUCGUUAUUGGAUCCGCCAUCCCGCUAUUCAGCGAUAUCUCGUCGCUGAUUGCUGCCUUUACAUACACCUUCCCGCCAUUUAUGAUAUUGGGUUACUGCAUGCAAGUGGAUGCCACAAAAGGCGACGGAGAAUUUGACAUCAACAACCCCCAUGCCCACCGUGUUGAUACAUGGAGGGAUUUAUCGCGUUGGAAACGUGCACGGUUCUUCUACGCGUGGAAUUUCCUCGUCUCGCUCGCAUGCUUGUCUUGCGCUGCUCUGAGCGCGUACUCGGCCAUCAAUUCGAUCGUGUCUUCGUUCGAUACCACGCAUUCUGUGACGUCGUUUAGCUGCAAGUCGCCAUUGGACAACAGUUAAGACUUCAAGUGGUUAAGACAUCAUAAUAUGAAUUUGAAUGUAUGUUUUUGUUUAAUUGAAAGCUGUAGAAUGUCAUAGAUAAACUCAUAAUACUGAACUUGGGUAUGAUAGUACUCUGACAUACUUAUCCUUAACAUUAACCUAAUGUACCACUGGGAGGAAUACACACAAGUACCAGUCAUCCUAAGGUCCAAUAAAACUUUUGUGACAAUAACCACUGGAGGGCUUGAUAUCAUGAUGCAC